UUUCACAGAUUCAGCAGUCAUUACCAAGAGACAUGACACAGGACCCAUCACUCGAAUCAUACAAAGAUUACUACAGCCAAAGCGACGAUGAUAAUACCGGACAACCAUGCAACAAUGGCCACACAAAGGCCUUCAGUGAAGUCUUUCUUCCGACCCUGUACAGCAUCGUCUUCAUCAUUGGCUUCAUCGGGAACAGUCUGGUAGUGUGGGUGCUUUUCAGAUGCCGUCGCAAAUCCAACAUGACAGACGUGUGCCUUUUUAACCUUGCCCUGUCUGACCUGCUCUUUCUUGUGUCACUCCCCUUUUGGGCCCAUGCUGCCAUGGCCGAGUGGAUCUUUGGUAAAUUCUUGUGUCAUACCGUGACGGGCCUUUACAUGCUGGGUCUUUAUGGCAGUAUCUUCUUCAUGGUCCUUAUGACGUUGGAUCGCUAUGUCAUCAUCGUCCACCCCUACAGCAUCUUCUCCAGAAACCGGUCUGCCAAAAUGGGUGUGGUUUUGGCCUCGUGCGUGUGGAUGCUCAGCCUGUUCGCAGCUCUCCCUAAUAUUAUAUUUGCCCAUGUGCAUAACGAGACAAAUCAUUCGCAAUAUUGCAGUUCACACUUUCCAGUAGACUGGAAUUCAUUCACUUACCUUGAACUAAACUUGCUGAGCCUGGUUCUCCCUCUGAUUAUUAUGGGCUAUUGUUACGCACGCGUCAUCCCCACUCUGAUAAGCAUCAAAUCACAAAAGCGACACAAAAUCGUUCGACUCAUUCUGGCUGUGGUGGCUGUGUAUUUCCUAUUCUGGACACCAUACAACGUUGCCAUAUUCCUUCAGUUCCUGCACCAGAACAGCUACCUGGACAGUUGUGAGUGGUCUACUGGUUUAAGCCUGGCCAUGCAAUGGGUGGAGACUAUUGCCUUCAGCCACUGUUGCCUCAAUCCCAUCAUCUACGGCUUUGUUGGAGAGAAGUUCAGAAGAACGGUCAUAAAGGUGGUGAAAGAGCAGUUUCCUAUGUGCUUCAGACAAUGCGCUACUUUCUCGCAACAGCUUUCUGAACGCAGAGGCUCAGUCUUCUCAAGAUCUACUGAAUAUUCCAGCACGCAUAUCAUGUAGUGCACUUCUGAUGCAUUUCGAAAUUAUACACUUCAUUCUUCCUGUGCAAAUUCAAAAGGUUAUUUUCAUUUUGAGCAAGUCCUAUUCCUUCGAACCCAAAGUUCCUCUUUUUUACUAAAUGUAUCAUACUGUAAGUUUAUCUACGAAUAGGAUUUGAAAAAAAUUUUUUGCUUUGUUUUUGAGUGUUUUGUUAGCAUUAUGGAUGCGAAGGCUAUAAUAUGUCUUGCUAUCAGAGCUGGUGCUUAAAUAUGUGCAAAAUUGUGCAAAAUUGUAACUCUUUUUUGAGUAAUUCUCACAUUUGAUAUCUACAAAUGCAGAUCACAGCUUCUGAGAUGAAUGAUCAACUGUAUAUUAUCUACUGAAUGUAUUUUCGUAAAGGGUUUUAAAAUAUUUUGUUCUUAAGCCAUUUUUUUACAUUAAGCCAUUAAAAGUUUUGCUCGUAGCUUUUUCGUGUAGUACUGCUUGUUAAAAUGUAAUAUUAUUAUAUUAUAUUAUAAUAUAUUAUAUAGUAUUAUAUUAUAUUAUAUUACAUACAUAGUAUUAUAUUAUAUUAUAUUCGUUUACUUUGCAUGCACUGUAAGCCACUUUGCAUAAAAGCACCUGUUAAAUGCAUGCAAAAUGUAUAAAUGUCAUGUUUACAUUCCAGUAUUCAAUAAAUG